AUGGAUAGUCAAAAUGUAGCACGUCAUUAUAAUCGUUUAUCUGGUGUAGGUUUAGAUAAGCGUCCAAAUUCAAAAAUAAUAAGUGUUCGUGAAAUCAAUAACUUUAUUAAGUGUAAAUUGAUACAAAAAUAUGCAAACAAAAACAAUAUUAUCUUUGAUCUUGGUUGUGGUAAGGGUGGAGAUCUUUCUAAAAUCAAGUUUCUACCUAUGAAACAUUAUUAUGGUUGUGAUAUAGCUGAUAAAUCAAUUGAAGAAGCUAUUGAAAGAUCAAAAUCUCAUAAGUUUAAAGCUGAUUUCUUAGUAGCUGAUUUUACUCGUCAAAACAUCCGUUUAGAAUCUAAAGCUAAUCUAGUUAUGGCUCAGUUUAGUUUUCAUUAUGCUUUUCAAAAUGAAACUACUUUAGAUAAGGCUAUUAAAAACGUAUCUACUAAUUUAGCCCCUAAUGGUAUCUUCUUAGCUACUAUUCCUAAUCCCAAUACUAUCCACCGCCGCCUAGCCCGUAAUAAUCCAUCCCUCAUCAUUCCUCCCCCUAACUCUACUACUACUACUUCAUCUACUACUACUAAUGAUAAUGAUAAUGUAGAUCUUAAUAAUCUUAUCUCUACUACUAACAAUAAUGAUAACAAUAUUAACAAUAUUAACUCUACUAACAAUCUUAUCUCUACUACUACUAAUACUAUCUCUAAUAUUAACAAUCUUAACUCUACUAUCUCUACUACAUCUAAUAAUGAUAACAAUAUCUCUACUACUUCUAAUAAUGAUAACAAUACUAUCUCUACUACUAAUAAUACUAUCUCUACUACUACUACUACUAAUAAUAAUAACAACUCCAUUCCACUCCAUCCAUUUGGUAAUUCCCUUUACCGAGUGGAAGCUUCUCCUUCCUUCCUUACCCAUCAGGAAUACAACAGAGCUUAUACUUUCUAUUUAGAAGAAGCAAUUGAAGGCUGCCAAGAAUACUUAGUUAAUCUUCAGAUCUUAAACUCAAAACUUGCUAAAUUAGGUAUUUUUCCUAUCUUAUCUAAAGAUUUUUUAGAUAUUCUUAAUGAAGAGAUAAGAAAUGAUCAAAAUACUUAUAAAAGAAUGGUUAAACAUACUCCAUCUAAAGAAGAAAUGCAAAUCAUCGAACUUUACCAAGCAAUUGCUUAUCGCAAGAUAUCUACCCCCUAG